AUGGCCGCAUUCAGCUCCGAAAGAUUCAGCAGUAUUGUAGCGGAAAUCAACGGCGCCCUAGAUGAAGGGCAAGGCCAGCUGAAGGAGGUGAUUACAAGUGAGAAGCUGGAGCAAGACAGAUACGUCGACCAUAUCCUGGGAGCUCUCCAAUCCAUAAGUGGCAAGGUAAUGGACAGGACUCUCAGCUCAAAGAACAUGAUGUGGCUGUCGAGUCGGAGAUCGCGCGGGAGGGCGAAAGGCGCAACGCUAAGGAGAGUUGCAUCGACUUCGGGUGCAAAUGAAGAGGGGAGGGACGCGGGCGGCCCUGCUGGCAAUACAAAUGCUGUGGUUCCUCGAGCCGGACCGGUUCGUGUGGAAGAAAGCCAAGGGCAGGAGAAGAGAGAGGAAGAGGCAACAAUGUACAGCGCGCACGGACUGGAGGAGCUCGUGGAGGAGCAUCGCAUCUGGAGAAGCUGGCAGACCAACUGGCCCAUGGGCUAUGUCGAGAUUUUGAAGCAGAAUCAGGGAGGACUUCUCGAGACAUUAAAUGGGACGUAA